AUGUCUGCUCCAGUUGCCGAUGCUCCAGCUGCUGAAAUCGUUUACAAGAUCAUUUCGAGCGAUGGAGUUGUAUCCAAAAUGAGUGAAAAAGCCGUUCAACAAUCGAAAACUCUGAGCAAUCUGAUUGAGAAUCUCGGCUACACCAUCGAAAACAUCGAGACCCGUGAUCCAAUUCCAGUUACAAAUGUGAAUGGAAAGACUAUGGCGAAGGUUGCUGAAUUGUGUGAGAAGCACAAAGCCGAUGCAAUUCCAGAGGACAAUAUGAAUGUUCUCAAGACUCUUACCAUUCCAGAAUGGGAUCAAAAGUUUUUGAAAAUUGAGGAUGAAGCUCUGUUUGAUUUGAUUCUGGCUUCAAACUUCCUUGACAUCAAGGGUCUCAUGUACUAUGGAUGUAAGACUGUUUCCAACAUGGCAAAGGGCAAAACAACUGCUGAACUCAGAGAGAUCUUUGGAAUCAAUACGGAUGAACAGGAUGCUGCUGAGGAAACUGCACAGAAAGCUGCCGCUGAAGUUGCCUAA